UCCAGCACUCACAGCCUCACAAGAGGUCUGAAAGAUAGAGAUUUUUUUGUUGUGUUUCUGGCAACGUCAGUCUUCAGCUGUAAACAGCGUUACACACAAUAAACGCAGUGAUAGUCUGGAAAAUCCUCCCAGGACUGGACAACAAAAAAAAGACCCCAUUGUCUCCCUGCAUGAGCCGUCCGGAUGACACCAGCAGAAGCGCUGCACUGCAAAUGCCUGGAAUAAAAAAAGGCUUUUCUAUCCAUCCCGCUGUCCACCCCCUCCCCCUCUCUCUCCUCUUUGGGCUGUAAAUAAUCUGGGGCUGUGAAGACCCUGGAGAGCCCACCCCCCUCCCACUUUUCCCUACCACUUCUUCCCACCCCUGCUACCUCCCUCCAUCUCCCUCUGCCCACUUAGACUGUGCUGCUACUCUUUAUGCUGCUGAGAGGUGCCACAGAGAUGCUCAGAUGAUCUAUUGGGCCAUCCUGAACUAUAUCAUCCAUACGGCCCAAGACAGCGAAGACUAACUAGAGGGACUGUGAGAGAGCCCCUGGAGGGUGCUGUGAGGACCCUGAGAGGCCCACCCGCCCGCCAAGCCUGGCAGAGAGCUUGGCUUGCCCCUUGACUCCGGCAGCCCCUGAGAUGCCCUCCCCUCCCAAUGAAGGAGAGGAUCAAGGAGCGUCCCCCGUGAACGGGCCAUCUGUGGGCUCCUACCGCAGCAGUGGGAAGAGGAAGGUGCACACCAAGAAGAAGAAAGGCACCAUCACAGCCAAUGUCGCAGGCACCAAAUAUGAGAUUGUUCGUAUAGUCAUCAAUGAGAUGGACUUCAUGAAGACGCGGGAUGAGGACGAGACUGCCAACCUCAUCUGGAAUGACUCGGCCGUGCAGCACGAGAAAAUCGCUGAGCUCAGGAAUUAUCAGAGAAUUAACCAUUUCCCUGGCAUGGGCGAAAUCUGCCGGAAAGACUGUCUCGCGAGAAACAUGUCAAAAAUGAUCAAGUGCCAGCCUCUAGAGUACAGCUUCAUACCCAAAACCUGGAUCUUCCCCGCAGAGUACACUCAGUUCCAGAACUACGUCAAGGAGCUACGCAGGAAACGCAAGCAGAAGACCUUCAUUGUCAAACCUGCCAACGGAGCCAUGGGUCACGGGAUCUCGCUUAUACGUAAUUGUGAGAAGCUGCCAGCCCAGGAGCACUUUAUCGUUCAGGAGUAUCUUGACAAGCCUUUCUUGAUGGAGGGUUACAAGUUCGACCUGCGCAUCUACAUCCUGGUCACUUCAUGUGACCCUCUUCGCAUCUUCCUUUACAACGACGGCCUGGUUCGCAUGGGCACAGAGAAGUACCAUGCACCCAGUGAGGCUAACCUGAGCCAGCUUUACAUGCAUCUGACCAACUACUCGGUCAACAAACACAACGAGAACUUUGAGCGAGACGAGACGGUGGACAAAGGCAGCAAGAGGUCCAUCAGCUGGUUCACUGAGUUUCUCCGCACCAACGACUACGACGUGUCCAAGUUCUGGGGAGACGUCUCGGAGCUGGUUGUGAAGACAUUAAUAGUGGCUGAGCCCCAUGUGCUGCAUGCCUACCGCAUGUGUCGCCCCGGCCAGCCACCAGGGAGCGACAGCGUCUGCUUUGAGGUCCUAGGCUUCGACAUCAUUCUGGACCGCAAACUCAAACCCUGGCUACUGGAGAUCAAUCGAGCUCCGAGCUUUGGGACCGAUCAGAAGAUUGAUUACGACGUGAAGAAAGGGGUGCUUCUCAAUGCCCUCAAACUCCUCAACAUUCGAGCCAGUGAUAAGAAACGUAACCUGGCGCAGCAAAAGGCAGAGGCUCAAAGGCGUCUCUACGGACACGGCUCCAUGAAGAAACUCUCGGCUGCCUCCUCGGACUGGGAGAAACAGCGUCACACACUAGAACGAAGGAGAGAAGAGCUGAAAGAGCGACUGGCACAGGUCCGCAAGCAGAUCACCAGGGAGGAGCAUGAAAAGCAACAUUUGGGGAACUACAGACGUAUUUACCCCCCAGACGACAAGCUGCUGUUGGAGAAGUAUGAAAGCCUGCUCUCGGCCGCCUUUCAGACCUUCCUCGCCGGGCGAGCUGCCUCACUUCAAAAGGAAAUGAAUAAUCCUCUGAAACGAAUGAAGGAGGAGGACAUCUUGGAUCUGCUGGAGCAAUGUGAACUAGACGACGAGAAGCUGAUGGGAAAGUCCUCAAGGCAACGAGGCCCUAAGCCCUUGACCGCCAUGCCAGAAUGCAGUCAGACACCCAGGCGUCAAAGACCAGACUACCUGGCUGACUUCACAAGUGGCAGCAGCGCUGAUAACUCCUGCUCCUCCUCAGACGAAGAAGAGGAAGAGGGGAGGAAAGCAGGAGGAGGAAGAGGUGGAGAGAAGAGGGAGAAGAAAGUUUCCUAUGACCUUGGGGACAACAAGGAGAAGAACUUGGCUGAGCGCUCAGGCCGCAUGCACUGGAAACCUCCAAUCAAGUCUCUCAAAAACAACCCUGCCCCCUCAGCUUCCCCUACACUGUCUGGUCCAAUCAGGCGCUCCAUCUCCUGCCCUCGCUCCAUAGCCUCCCUAUCGUCGCCCAGUGAGCUGCGGGCUUUGUCCUCAAGACCUUCUCCUACAGUCCCCAUGGCCACUCCUCUCAUCAGGCCGAGCUCCGCCACGCUGCGCUCUCACUCGCUGAGUCGUAGUGGCUCCGCCCACCGCGUACCUCACAGCAACAGCUUGGGGACAAUCCACUCCAACAUAGGUGAUCCGCUGAUAAACCUGAGAAGUAAAGAGCAGGAGGCCGAACUGGUGCAUCAGUCUCUGGCAGCGCUCACUGCCAUGAGAAUCAGGUUCCCGGGCAAAACAGAGGAAGAGGCUGAGGCUGUGCUGGAUGAGAUUCUCGACAACUGGAAGUACCAUAAAUCAAAGGUGGCCUCAUAUUGGCUGGUGAAGCUUGACUCUACAAAACAACGAAAGGUGUUGGACAUUGUGCGUACCAAUGUGCGCUCAGCGCUGCAGCGGAUCUGGAGGGAGCCGGAUGUAGAGAGCCUCCACCUUUAUCGGCUCUUCAACCGCGUCUUCAACCGGCUGCUCUGGAGUCAUGGACAGGGACUGUGGAACUGCUUCUCCAACACUGGUUCAUCGUGGGAAACCAUCUUCUGUAAGAGCAGCGAGGUGGUGACACCCCAGGAGCUGCAGUGUUGCCGCCGGCUGGUCCAGCUGUCUAGAGACUGCUUGUUGGUCGUCUACAAGUUUGUCUCGGAGUCCCGUGGCUCAUUGACCGGUCUCAGCCCCGAAUGGGAUGACACCAGGUAUCUGCUGCCAGUGACCUCCCAGUUCAUCGUGAAGUGGCCUUCGUCCAGCUUUGGCCGCAUCUCCUCGGCCGUGCCACGCUCGCGCAGCCUUUUCGCUGCCAGGAUGGGCCACUUCUGAGGUCACCGUAGCAACCCUGGCUUCGGACACCUCGCCUUUUGACCUCAACCUUCCUCCCCUGACUCUCACCAAGCCAAACUCAGAUAUCAGCAUGUCCAGUAUGGAUCUGUAUUCGGGGCAGCUCUGGACACCGGAUGGAACCUCAACCUCGGCCAACCCCCCCCCUGAAAGACCAACACAGCAACGCCUGGUGGAUUUAGGACUGCCAAAGGGCUCUGUUCAGUUUAGAUUAGUUUGGACCUUCCUAGACCAGCAGACCACCGGUACCCUCGAUCCCCACCUAAACCCCAAUAACAGCAGACAAUGGGUCUGUUCCUUCUUUCUCCUUGUAAUUGCUGUAAUAUACCUACUUACUGUACAGUUACAAGUCAAGGUACUGUAAAUGGAAAAAAAUAACUAAGCAAUGCAAGGAUUAUUUAUUUAUGUACUAACUUAUUUUUUAAGGUAUUCCAUGAAUGCUGUGAAUGCUGAUGCAGAUGCAGAAAUGGAAUGAUGUAAAAAAAAAAAAAAAAAAGAAAGCAAUCCCUUGUUUGAGAAAGUGGAUGUAAAAAAACCCAAUACAAAAAGCUUAUUUUUGCUGGCUUAAAUUUUAUUUCUGAAUGUUAUUUAUUUCAUAACUUAUAUCAGAGGCUUUAUGUUUCUAAAGGUUUUAACAGUCACUUUAUGUUCUAGUCUUUCUUAGGUCAAAUACAGUGAAGGGAUGGUGCCCAGAAAGCUUAAAACGUUUAACUUUUGAAUGCUGAUGCUUCAUAUUUUUCUGUUAUUAGGUGCAGCGUAAUUAAGCGAGAUAUUGAUUAGAAUGUCGGUGUGGUAAAACCAAGCCUCUUUGCCUCUUGGAGAACGAGCUGAAUUUUAUGCCACAGUGCAAAAGGAUAAACUUCAGUCUCAGAGAGCACCCAGCUUCUAAUACUCACUUUGUCUUACAAAGAGGAAGUGGGUGCACAUGGCAGUAGUGAUUGCAUGCUUAGACUUUAGACCCUCACCAGACUCUAGUGGUAAGACAGAGGAGCCGCAUUUGGAAUAUACUUGAAGUUUUAUGUUGUCAUUAGUUAUCAUGUAUUGUAAUUGCUUCACUCAGAGGAAGAGACUUCCCCUUGCAGAUUGGCUGCUCGCGUACGGAUGUGUAAAGACUGAAAGGGAUGUGUUGCUUCACUUCCAGAUUGUGCAGCACGUUGAAUGACUCGGGUCUUCAGCCCCUUUGUGCCGCACUGUAAAAGUGACAAUUUUGCCUCGAAAGCUGCAGCCUUUUCCCCACCGCAUUGCAGGUACAAAGUGCCAGAGAUAUGAUGGAUGUGCCAACAAUGAGCACAUCUACUUAGCCUGUUUAGUAGGACCUCGGUUAAACACAGUCUUAAAUGUCAAUAGGGAGAAACACAGUGUUAUAUGUUUGGUAGUAUACUUGGCUUCAUGUUCAUGUACAUGAUACUAGAUUGUUAAAGAUGAUAGUUUAUGCCAAAUACAGUUGAGCUUGCAUUUUAUAGCAACAAAAUUCUGCUCAGCUCUAUUGCCCCGAUACACUGACAGCUUAUCACAAUGCCAAAUAUUUUAAUUUUGCCUGAUUUUGUUUGUUAUUUAAGAGUUGUUUCUUUUUCAUUGGAGGCAUAAGAUUUAUAAUUUUACAGCAAUAAAAUGUUUAAACAAA